AUGCCUUUAAAAACUGACGUCCUCAUUGAGAUCAGGGUGAAAAUAUAUAAACUGAGACCACAGUGCGAAGAAGAACUUCCGUCUAGUGGCUAUGACUAUCACUGUGCAGAAUUCAGCUUCCUAAACAAAUUAGCCAGGAAAAAAGAAGGAAAGUCCCUCGUCCUGCUUUCCCAGCAUCAGGAUGCGCCACCAGGCUUGGCUCCUUCCUCCCUUCCCUCCCGACACAUCCGAGAAGCUAGAAACCCAUCAGCGCACAGCACAAAAGGACUCGUCCGCCACGGAGAAACAAAAGAGCGUGAAAAGCGGCAGAAAGAAGACAAGGGCGCAGCCGGCCGGGGAAGCCCCGCGUGGCAGCGCGCGGGAGGCGCGGCUCGGGCGCGAGAUGUCUCGCCUCCUCCUCCUCCUCCUCCUUACCCGGACGCGGGAUCCUCGCAGCCUCUUUCCAAGGAAGGGCCGGCUCCGGGAAGCCUUUGUCCCGAAAGGGACUUCGAGGCAGCCGACGGCAGCGGCAGCAGCAGCAGCAGCCUGGGGACCAUCCACUCCGGCUCGCCGUCUUCUGCUGAGGAAAGCUGCUUGAAAGGUUCCCCCUCUGAGGCGCGGGGUGCGCGAGGUCAGGCAGGAGGGCGCGCCCUGGGGACGAGGAAAGGAGUACCCCCUCCUCCUCCUCCACCUCUCUCCGGCUUCCCCUCAGAAGUCGCGCGCUCCUUUCCUUGGCCGGGGUUCCUGGAGCGCUUCCCCAGCGGCCCGGCCGCGACGUGCGCUUCAGGGGGAGCCCGCGGCGAGGCCGGGGAGAAGCGCUGCCUCCGGCGAGGGAGAGUUGCAAAGUGUUCGCAAAGUCGCUGCAUCCCCUCCCGGCUCCGGCUGCUCCCGCCCUCGCUCCCUCAGCUUUUGCAGGCGGAGGGGGAGACAGGCAGCGGGAGAGAGAGAGAGCCCAGCUCCACCCCGCCGCCGCCGCCGCCGCCGCCGCCCCUCCCUCCCCACUUCGCUCCUUCUUGCGCGCGCUCUCCCUUCCCACCCUCCCUCUCCAGGGAGUAGCCGGCUAACAAGGACCCUUCUGUUGGCUUUGUCGAAGACCCUCGCGGACAAAAUAUGCGGCUACGUUGCUGGGGCGCUUGCGUGCUGCUGGCGGGAGCGAGGAGUCGCGCUGCACGAGGGGUGCUUUGGGGUUGCUGGGUUUUUGUGCGGAGCCGGAGAGAAAAGGCGCCACUUUCAUCCUGCUCGUGAGUUGUGGGGGCUGCCCACUGAGCUUGGCCUGGAAGCUGCAGCUGGUGCAAAAUGCAGCGGCUUGGCUGCUCACUGAGGACAAUUUACCCCCUCAUCAAUGGCUGGAUGAAUAUUUGACAACUUAUGUGGGGUGUGU